UCCCUCUCCACCACAGCCAUGUCUCUCGCUCGCUCGCUCCUCCGCUCCGCCGCCGUCGCUGCGCGCGCGGGCACCGCCACCGCUGCGGCUGCGCCGCGCGCCGCCGUCGCCGUGGCGCCGCGCCGGACCUUCUCCAGCGCGCCCGUGUCGCGCUCCGAUGCCCUCAUGGUGCACCGCAACACCGACUACAACAACCCGUCGAUCCCCUUCGAGUUCGACGAGCAGACGCUGGCGCAGGCCAAGGAGAUCAUCUCGCACUACCCGCCGCAGUACAAGAAGGCCGCCGUGAUCCCGCUGCUCGACCUGGGCCAGCGGCAGAACAGCGGCUGGACGUCGAUCAGCGUGAUGAACUACGUGGCCGCGCUGCUCGAGAUGCCGCCGAUGCGCGUGUACGAGGUGGCCUCGUUCUACACGAUGUUCAACCGCGAGCCCGUGGGCAAGUACUUCAUCCAGAUCUGCACCACGACGCCCUGCAUGCUCGGCGGCUGCGGCAGCACAAAGAUCCUCGACACCAUCCAGGCGCACCUCGGCAUCCACGCCGGCCAGACGACCGACGACAAGCUCUUCACGCUGCUCGAGGUCGAGUGCCUGGGCGCCUGCGCCAACGCACCAAUGGUGCAGAUCAACGACGACUACUUUGAGGACCUGACGCCGGAGACGACGAUCAAGAUCCUCGACUCGCUGCGCGACGGCAAGGCCGUCAAGCCGGGCCCGCAGAGCGGCCGGCACUCGUCGGAGCCGGCAGAGGGCCGCACGGCGCUGACAUCCGAGCCCUACGGCCCGGGCAAGUUCUGCGUGCCCGAGUUCGCCUAG